ACAACCGUGCAGUCUGGCUGGUGAUCACAGAGACUAUAAUUGAAGCCUGGGGCAAUAUGCAGCUCUGGUAACCCUGAACACCAGCUGGACAUACCCUCUGAAAGCUCUGAAGGCCAGGCUUGUUUUGAUUUUCUCAUUUAAGUGGAGUGCAGAAACCUGGAUGCUCUUCAUCCUCUUCCUUCUUCUCUUCAUUGUCUAUACUUAAGCCAGGUCAGCCAUGAAUCUAACUGAAGAGGGGCGAACCGUGGACAAGGAGACGAAAGAAAAACCUGCCAGUGAGCCGUCAUUUGCAAUAUCAGAUGAAAUCCGCCUGGCCAGCAAUGUCAUUCCAGCAGAGUCCAAAACUGAGGAAAAUCUGACUCAGCAGUCUGGAGGUAACCUCAUCUACUCCAUCAAUGAUCGUCCACCAUGGUACCUCUGCCUUCUCCUGGGCUUCCAGCAUUACAUACUGGCUUUCGGUGGGAUCCUGGCCAUCCCUUUAAUCCUCGCAGAGCCGUUGUGCAUUAAGGACAACAACGCGGCCAAGAGCCAGCUGGUCUCCACCAUUUUCUUCGUAUCAGGAAUUUGCACCAUGCUUCAGACCACCAUUGGGACCAGAUUGCCGAUCUUGCAAGGAGGAACGUUCACUUUCGUCACACCAACGUUGGCUAUCCUGGCACUGCCUAAGUGGAAAUGCCCGAAGGGGAGCGUGACCCCUGACUUCAAUGCCACAGUGGCGUCUGUUUCCCAUACAGACCCUGAGGAAGUGUGGAAAAUGCGCAUACGAGAGAUCCAGGGAGCCAUCCUGGUGGCAUCGCUUCUUCAAGUUGUGCUCGGACUCUCAGGGCUGGUGGGAUUUGUGUUGAAGUUCAUCGGACCGCUGUCUAUCGCACCAACCAUCAAUCUGAUUGGUCUGUCGCUCUUCAUCCAAGCUGGAAAGAAGUCAGGAUCACACUGGGGCAUUUCAGCUAUGACUGUGUUUCUCAUCCUCUUCUUCUCCCAGUAUCUCAGUAAGAUCAAAGUCCCUCUUAUUGCCUACAGGGACAAGAAAUGGAUAGUGUUUCAUUAUCCUCUCUUUAGCCUGUUCUCGGUGUUGUUCGGGAUGGCUGGAGCUUGGCUGGUGUGCUUUCUCCUGAUACUCAAAGUCCUACCCAAUUCGCCGCACCAGUAUGGAUACCAGGCCCGGACAGAUAUCAACCUCGAUGCAGUUAGCAGUGCUGAGUGGUUCUUUAUGCCUUAUCCAGGACAGUGGGGUCUUCCGAGCGUGAGCGUCUCGUCCGUCUUGGGCAUGAUGGUGGGGGUUUUGGCGUCCACCAUGGAGUCCAUCGGGGAUUACUACGCCUGUGCGCGGCUUUCUGGUGCCCCAACUCCGCCCACCCAUGCUAUUAACCGUGGUAUUGCGGUGGAAGGCCUGGGCUGCAUCCUGGCAGGGCUGUGGGGCAGCGGCAACGGGACGACGUCUUACAGCCAAAACAUUGCUGCUUUGGGAAUCACCAGGGUUGGAAGCAGGCUUGUUCUGCAGACGGCUGGCCUCCUCAUGCUCAUUCUGGGACUCUUUGGGAAGUUCAGUGCUGUGUUCAUCACCAUCCCGGAGCCAGUGAUCGGAGGAAUGUUCCUGGUGAUGUUUGGGAUGGUCGCUGCUGUGGGAAUCUCCAACCUGCAGUAUGUUGACUUAAACUCCUCCAGGAAUUUGCUGAUCUUUGGGUUUUCUGUUUUCACUGGACUUGUUCUGCCAACGUGGUUUCAAUCAAACCCCGACACCCUCAACACAGGGAUUUCAGAACUGGAUCAGUUAUUCACGGUUCUCUUCACCACCCCCAUGUUUAUUGGUGGCUUCUUGGGAUUCAUCUUGGAUAACACUAUUCCAGGAACGGAUGAGGAACGAGGGAUAAAGCGCUGGAGGAAAAGUGUUGAAAGCGGGACUUCAGUGCUCCUCAGCAAUCAGUCGUUUUACGAUCUGCCUUUCUGCACCAACUUUCUUCAUAAAUUUGAUUUCCUCCAGAACCUUCCCUUCCUCCCCACCAUGAAAUCUCUGGCCCCUCUGGGAACACGCUUAUAAAACCUUCAUCCUCCUUAAAAGAACAUAUAAAUCAGAGUAAUCGUCGUGUACUGAACACAAUUAACAAUGUACUGUGAUUUUUAUGUUUUUAUGACACACCUCAUUUGCUCGGAUGUUUGUACAGAUGUUUCCUGUAAUGUUUCAUAAUUAAAUGCAUUCAAUAUAUAAA